UAGCGGUCAUUAUUGAUAAUCAUGUAUAAUUUUGUAAAGCGUUCCAUCUCGGUGUUGUUCACAGUUUCCAUCGUAGUUUCGCUGCUAGCAUUUUACCGGCCUGUUACCACGAUGCGCUUAAGCCCUCUGGAUCCAAGCUCCUAUUCCAAUGCCCAUGAGCUUAUCAUACGUCAUGUGGAUCUGGAUUGGACGGUUAACUUCGAUAAGAGCACUAUCUCCGGUACGGCCACCCUGAACUUCAAGCUAAUCAAGGAGGAUCUCGAGGAAAUUUUCCUAGAUGUGAGCGAUAUUAGCGUUUCCUCUAUUGUGGCAAAGUCUUCCGCCGGUGAGGUUCCACUCGAUUGGGACAUCGGUGGUACGGUGGAGAACAUAGGCUCGAAACUGACCAUCUACUUGCCGACGAAAACGAACGACGAUCUAACGUUGGUGAUUACCUACGAAACUUCGCCCAAGGCAAGUGCUCUACAAUGGCUAACGCCAGAGCAAACAUUUGGCAAGAAGCAUCCGUAUCUCUUCAGUCAGUGUCAGGCGAUCCAUGCCCGUUCGAUCCUGCCCUGCCAGGAUACACCGGCUGUGAAGUUUACCUACAAUGCAACGCUUCAUCAUCCGCAAGAAGUUACAGGUCUAAUGAGCGCAAUUAGGGUCGAUUCCACACCGGGAGUGACAAAGUUUCAGCAGAAAACCCCCAUUCCAAGCUAUCUGCUUGCCAUCGUAGUCGGAGCACUCGUGUCCAAACCGAUUGGACCCAUUUCGAGCGUGUGGGCUGAACAGGAGCAGAUCGAAGAAGCAGCCGAAGAAUUUUCCCAAACGGCUGACUUUAUUGCAAAGGCGGAAGAAAUCUGCGGACCGUACGUAUGGGAGCGUUAUGAUUUGCUGGUAAUGCCACCGAGCUUCCCGUUCGGUGGUAUGGAGAAUCCGUGCCUAACGUUCGUAACGCCAACACUGCUAGCGGGCGACAAAUCGUUAGCGACGGUCGUGGCGCACGAGAUUGCCCACAGCUGGACGGGAAAUUUGGUCACAAAUCGCAACUUUGAGCAUUUCUGGCUGAACGAAGGCUUUACAGUGUUUGUCGAGGGCAAAAUCGUGGGCCGACUGUCUGGGAAUGCGUCACGCGAUUUCCACGCCCUGCACGGUUUGAGUGAGCUGUCGGAUUGUAUUAAAACUCAGCUAGCCGAUACGCCCGAACUUACGAAGUUGGUCGUCGACCUGUCCGAGUGUGGGCCGGACGAUGCGUUCUCCACCGUACCGUACAUUAAGGGUUCAACGUUUUUGCGCUAUCUGGAAGAUUUGUUCGGCGGCCCGUCCCUGUUUGAACCAUUCUUUCGUGCUUACCUGAACCGCUUCAAGUAUCAGUCGGUGCUUACGAACGACUUCAAGCAGAUGCUGUACGAAUGGUUCCGCGAGGAUCCCAAAAAUGAAGUGCUACUCGAGCGAAUCGAUUGGGACUUGUGGUUGUUCGGCGAGGGUAUGCCACCGGUCAUACCGAGCUACGAUCGGUCCAUGCUGGAAGCGUGUCUGGCCCAUGCUACCCUGUGGGCGGAAAACGAUUUGGACCUCAUCCGAGACUCUCCGUUGCUGAAACAGAAGCUCGUUAGCGUGCAGUUGAUUGAAUUUCUUGCCCAACUGCUCGAGAAGAAAACGAUCGUUGCACUGACGGGCGAGAAGGUGGCAUUGCUUGGUGAAACGUACGGACUCAGCACGACAAAGAAUGCCGAAUUACGAUUCCGCUUCGUUCGGCUGUACAUACGGGCCCGUUUGAUGGACAAGAUGGAUGAAAUUCUUGCCUUCGCCAACAGCAACUUCCGGAUGAAGUUUGUGCGUCCAGUUUACAAGGAGCUGGGCGCAUGGCCACAAGCGCGACCGAUUGCCAUCGAGAAUUACAACCGCGUCAAGGACCAGAUGAUGACCGUUUGUGCGUACACGGUAGCAAAAGAUUUAGGCAUUUCGGAUGCUUCUGCAUGA